CCAAAUAAUCUUGUAAAGGCCUGGAGGGAACGAUUGGGAAGUAACAAUAGCGAGAGGUGUUAAGAAGCACUUAAGUACUUGGACGGGCACAGCUUUGACGUGUGCUCAGGCCCUUGUCUUCUUUUGCCCUCAACGGUAGCCUGUUCGCAAGUUCCGGCGACGGGUUGAUUACGGACUGUUUACUUUUCCUAGCCUCUGGGAUGGUCGAAGUUUUCAUUGAAAGAAACAAUACACAGCGAAACCGAUUCCAACUUUGACAGAACCAGACCUGAUUUGGACGACGAUGUUGCGAUAAACAUCUACAUUCAAAGUUCGGGUUUUCCGUCGGGAUAUCCUCAUUUUGUAUGAAAUAUUCAGAUUCUGAGGACUAUUUGAACGCGCCGCUGUACUUCCAUUUCAGUACGUAGAGUUUACCUCGAGCGAGUAUGGCCGUUCCAACGAAUAUGAGCAUCCUAAACAUCUCGGGAAAAUUUGCGUCGAACAAGUCUCUCAGCGACAACGAAGCCUCAGACGAUAUCCUCCGGUUGCAAGGUAUGGGAUGGGUGAAACGCAAAAUUAUUGGCGCUGGGACACUCACACUCGCAAUCGAACAUUUCAAAAACGCUGAGGGAAUCGAAUGUAUCAACAUAGAGCAGACAUUGAACCCGGGUGGACUAAAGACUAACGACGAGAGGGUAUUGGAUUGGAUGGAAAAGCCUAAGGAGGAUUCGGUGUUUGGAGCGACAAUUGGUCAGAACAGGAGAGUGAAAGCUGAAGAGAUUGAGGAUGAGUACUUGAGCAAAGGUUGGACUGCAGACACACUGGAGCAUGGACUUAUACAAUCGCGCGUUGUCAGCGACACUGCGAAAAGCGGGGUUUCCUGGACUGUGAAUCAAACUUGGGGGAUUGAGGAAGUCAACAGUGAGAGACGGUAUGUUAGGCAUAUGUAUAUGAAGGGACCAAAGGGCGAAGAAGUUCGCGGUCGACUUGUGUAUAACUACGUCGGUCCAGUAUAGAAUGCGAGCAUUGAUAUGAGAAUGGAUUCAGUAUCAAAAAAUGUAUACAUAAUAUUUGUGCGAACAAAC